AUGGUUCAUAUGAUUCAUAUGUUUAUUAUUCACAGAACUGUUUAUAUCGUAAACUUAUAUCAGGUUUAUGAUACAUCUAAUCUGAUUUUAAGUGUAGACGGCGGUGUCAGUUUAGAUGAUACUGAGAAGGAAGCGGGUGAAAAGACUCAAAAUACCGAUGAGGAUGAAUGGUACAUUGGAAAAAAGUUUGAAACACAUGAUGAUUUGUUCCGUGCUUAUAAAGCAUAUGCAAAACGUGAAGGAUUUGCAGUUAGAAAAAGAACUAAUUGGAGAAACGAAGAAGGAAUCAUUAAAAGUGUGAUGUAUGUUUGUAACCGAUCAGUAAAUCCUGUUAACAAGACUAAAAAUAUAGCCAAACAUCGCAAGAGCAAUUGUUGUGAUUGCAAGGCUUACGUUACUGCAAGAUUGGAUGAUGAAGACAAAUGGGAGAUUAGUCAACUUAAGCUUGAUCACAAUCAUACGUAUGAUCCAAGUCUGUCUCGGCAUUAUCGACAACAUCGGAAAGUUGAACCACAUGUAUUACGUACCAUCGACCUUAAUGACCAAUCAGGAAUUCCAAUGGAAAAGACUUUCCGCUCUGUGGUGAAUCAGUAUGGUGGAUAUGAUAAAGUUGAUUGCAGUGAAAAAGAUUGUAGAAAUGCUCUUGCAGAAAUACGCCGACUACGACUUGGUGAAGGGGAUGCAACUGCUUUGAUGAAAUAUUUUUCCAAGAAGGUAAAAGAGAAUAGUGGGUUUUAUUUCGAAGUUGACUACGAUGAUGAAAAUCAAUUGAGAAACGUAUUUUGGGCUGAUGGUUGGAGUAGAGAAGCGUAUAAAGAAUUUGGCGAGGUCAUUAGUUUUGAUGCCACUUACAUGACAAACGAUUAUGAUAUGCCUUUCACUCCUUUUGUCGUGGUUAAUCACCAUGGACAAUCAAUAUUUCUUGGAUGUGGGUUGCUUUGUAAUGAAACUACAGAAACAUUUGUAUGGCUAUUUAAGAAGUGGCUAAAGUGCAUGUCUGGAUGUGCUCCGAGAGCAAUUAUAGAUGAUCAGUGUCAAGCCAUGAAGAAUGCGGUUGAAAUUGUUUUUCCGGAAGCUAGGCACAGAUGGUGUCUGUGGCACAUAAUGAAAAAAAUUCCUGAAAAGUUUGGUAGUUAUAAACAAAGAGAAAAAAUUGUGUUUGCUUUGCAAGAGGCAGUAUAUGAUUCCCAGACUCCAGCUGAGUUUGAAGAAUCAUGGAAGAAAAUGAUCGACAAAUACAAUUUACAGCAAAACACAUGGUUGAGAGAUUUAUACCCUGAGAAAGAACGAUGGGUACCAUGUUUUCUUAAAGACACGUUUUGGGCGGGGAAGGCUUCUACUCAGCAUAGCGAAAGCAUAAACGCAAUCUUUAAAGGUUAUGCUUAUUCAAAGACAAAAUUAAAACAGUUUGUUGAACUAUGUGAACAAGCUUUGAGGGCUAAAGUAAAAAAAGAGUUUAAAGAAGAUGCGGAGUCAUGUACAAAGGCAAUUCCUCUUAUUUAUGGCUAUCCUUUUGAAAAACAGCUUCGGGAUAUGUAUACCCUUGUGAAGUUUCAAGAGUUCCAGAAAGAAAUUCGUGGGAAGAUUGCAUGUGAAGUGGUUGAUUUUGAUGAGGUGACCGAGGUUCAUAAGUAUGUUAUUCGAGAGGAUAUUUGGCUUGAUAAUGAUUUUUGUAAGAAGGUGAAAUUUAAUGUUACAUUCCGUAAAAUAGAAACGGAUGAUGAUAGCAGUGAAGAGGAGGAUGGUGAUAUCGCUGUUGAAGUUGUAGAUGAUGGUGAAGGCAUGGUUGAUUUAGAGACAAAUAAUGAAAGCGAAACAGAUGACAACGAAACAAAUGGAAGUGAAACCGAAAGAAGCGGCACAGAUGAUAGUGAAAAGGAGGAAUGUGUGUUUGAUAAAAGGACAGACGAAACAGAAGCAACUGAAGCUAAAAAAAUAAAAAAAAAUUAG